AUGGAUACAAAUGGAUUGUAUAUAACGAAAAGAGUUAGAAAAAAUUAUAUAGAGCUCAUCGAACAAAAUGAAAAUAAUGAUUAUAUUAAAUUCACAGUGAUACCUCGAUCAUUUAGUAUUCAAAGGAUAGCAAGGAUCAUUUCAUGUAUUAUUAUUACAUUCCUAUUAUAUUUGAAAUUGAUAAAGCGCUUCGAUUUGACAAUCAUGCAAGAAAGUUUGAUAAUAAUAGUGAUACUCGUUAUGAUAUUAUCAUAUUUUAAAAAUCCAAGAAUUGAAUCAUUCACUGUAUUAAAAGAUAAUGGAAUACAAAUUUCUAAAAUUGAUGGUUAUCUAUUCUUACCAAUGAAAUAUAAUGAACAAUUAUGCUGUCAAAACGAAUUUUUUCCUAAUGAUAAAAUAAUUGAUAUCAUAAUUAAUGAAGGAUUUUACCCCGGUUCACAAGUUAUAUUCUAUAUGGCAGUUUUAAUUAAAGACUAUAAGGAAUUGAAAUUGCUAUUUGAUUCAACAAAAAUCAAGUUAGAUGAUCAAAUUGAAAUAUAUAAUAAAUCCAGAGAUUGUCUAUAUAUGAAUAAAAAACCUUUCGAGAAGUAA